CCUCUCACGACAUUCAUACCACCAACCAUCCACAAACAAAAAUGUCAGAUGAUCGAUCAUCAAAAGUGGCUGGACCAAGUAGCCAAGUGAUGGCAAGGCCAGUAAUUGGAGGGUUGGACGGAGGAAGCACAUCAACCGAAACCACUCAAUCUUAUGAACGUUUUUGGCAAGCUGCUAAUGAAGCAGCAGAACCUGCACAAAAUCGCAUAAGGAGAAGGUUACCACACUUCCCUUCACCGCCUCUCAGAAUUCAACGAGUGUCACAAUUGGAUGCCGAACUCUUGGAUGCUGAAUUGACAUCAAUGUUAUUAGAACCUUUGAAAGCCGCUUUACGGAAUAUACGGUUAACCUUACCUACAACCUUGGAACCAGAAUUACUCUUGGCAUUAAGGCUGGCAUUGUACAAGUUCAGUAUUUGGGAUAGAGGGGCAACGUAUGGUGCAAUGCUACAGAACUUACGUUAUCGUAACGAAUGGGCUCAUUCGGGAGGAUUACAAUCCACUUCAAAAGAUGCCCGACUUUGGCGUGUUCAAUUGAUCUUGUAUCCGACUUUGACAAUCUUGCUUCCAUAUCUGCAUACAAAGGUUGAACGUCAAAUGAGUAGUAUGAGCUUCUCAGAUUUGCCUUCGACCGAUAUUCGACGCAAGCUUUCCGUCGGUUUGGAUCGUGCUCAAAGGGUUUACUCCGCUUUGACAUUAGCAAACUUUUUAGCUUUCCUUAGCGAUGGAAGGUAUAGGACAUUAACAGAUCGGAUGCUUGGAAUGCGUUUGACAUAUGCUCAACGGACGAUGAACAGGAACGUCUCUUUCGAAUUCCUCAAUCGUCAAUUGGUUUGGCAUGCAUUUACCGAAUUCCUUCUAUUCCUCUUACCACUCGUUCGACCAAGAAGAAUAUUGAGAACGUUGAUGCGUUUAUCCACUCAUCGUUGGAUCCUUGCAGCUUGGCUUGCCGUCUUACCUCGAUUCAUCAGUAAACGUGUAGGGCUGUACAAAGAUGAUAAAGGUCGUGCUCGUAUCAAUUUGAACGCAAUCUUGCCUGCUAGUGUAGUUGGCAAUUUGAGCGGGUCUUCAAACGGUGCUGUAGCGAUUGCCAAAUACCCUGAUUUACCACAAGGUGUCUGUGCGAUUUGUUGGGAGAACUUAGAGGAUCAAGCGGGAAUCAGAACUGCCGGACAAUCUGUCGUACGAUCUGGUAUUCAACUUCCAUCUUUGGAUCCAACUGAUCCAAGCAGUAAUCCUUUACCUUCUAGUGGUGCUACAUCUUCUUUGCCGAUAGAUGGAGCAGGUCGUCCGAUUCAACCUCGUGGGCUCGCUGCCCGUACGACAAAUGCACUUUCUGCAAUGACUUCUUCGAGCGGUUUGGCUUAUGCAGAUGCAUUAGUCCAUACACCUUAUCGUGUUGAGCCUUGCGGUCAUACAUAUUGUUAUGUCUGUGUUGCCGGAAAGCUAUUAGCAGAAGAAGCUGCUGAAGAAUUACAAGAAACAACAGACGAAGAUGAUCAAGAUGCAACACAACAUGCAGCUUGGCAUUGCUUACGAUGCGGAAGCGGUGUUCGAUCCACACGUAGAGAUACAGGGAAUCUUGUUUUGGAGAAGGAUGCAGGCAAAGAGGAGAAGGCUAAUGACGAUGAAGCAGAAGUGCAGGCUUGAUAAUAGCAAUCUGAACAGAUACCCGCAAACAUGUACAAUGCUCGUAAUCAUGAAUAAAUUUGAAUGCAUUGCUAGGUUACUUGGCAAAUAUUGAAAUGGAGAUUAUCAUAAUACAUGUGUUUUUGUUGGCAUUUAGUCAUUAAUUCGUUGCCGUAACACGGCGUUGGCGACUGGAAACUCUUGUAGGAGCAGCAUCAGUUGUUGGGGUGUUGCGGGUUGCCAUUCGUUUUGGUUCAGCUUGUACUUCCUUUUGCGGUGUUUUGUCAGGUGAUGACCUGGAUGGCGUUUGACCGUUGGUGUUGAGUGACUUGAGUGUAGGUGUGGAUUGUCUCGAGGUUCGACGAGGCUCGCUAUUCUUGAUGGCUUCAACCUUGCUGUGCCGAGGUGAAAUACGCACAGGAGUGGCUUCUUUCACAUUCUUCUUCACAGAAGAAGGAGGCGUUCUCUUUCCAACCUCUUGCGUCUUUGUUUGAUCAACUGUUGUCAA